AUGGCAUCAGAAGUUUGGACCUUGUUUAAGGAUGGAGCCUCCAACAUAAAAAGAUCCGGUCCUGGGGUUGUUUUAAUUACUCAUUCGGGGGAAACCCUGAGGCAGGCCAUCAAAACUGUACCAUUAACUAACAAUGAAAACGAAUACGAGGCUUUGGUUGCAGGACUUAAACUAGUUCGGGGAUUAGGUUCUGAUGACUGGAGGAACGAGUUCAUUGAAUAUAUCAGACAUGGUAAUUUACUUGAAGACCCAAAAGCAUCCCGGUCAUUGCGGACCAAAGCAGCUCGUUGUUGUCUUGUUGAUGGACAGUUGUACACAAGGUCGUUCCAAAGACCAUUGGCUCUGUGUUUAGGGGCCUCAGAGGCUGAUUAUAUGAUGAGAGAAGUUCAUGAAGGGGUUUGCGGGAAUCAUUUAGGUACAGACUCAUUGGUUCUCAAGUUAGUCAAGGUUGGCUACUAUUGGCCUCAUAUGGAACAAGAUGCUAAAGCAUUUGUACAAAAGUGCGACAAAUGUCAACGCCAUGCACAGUUUGUGCAUCAUUUAGCGAUACUUUUGCAUUUAGUGGUGUCUCCAUGGCCAUUCAUGAAAUGA